CGGGCGCGCGAGUGGCGCCGGGCAUUGACGGGUUUAAACGGCGGGAAACGAUUGUGUCGUUUUCUUCGUCGCUCGUUUUAGAACGCACACCGGCCCGCCUCGCUUGUUUUAUCGUCACCGUAACUCGGACUCGCAGAUUUGUUCGCCGUCUGCGGAAAGUCUACCCUUACUACUUCACGUUCACCACCUUCACGAAAGGAAGAUGGGUCGGCGAGAAGAUCCUCGAGGUGUUCGCGAGGGAGUUCCGCGCGCACCCCGCGGAGGAGUACGAACGGUGCAUCCGGGCCGGGACUCUGACGGUGAACUACCAGAAGGUGGACGUCGAUUACAGAUUGCGGCACAAUGAUCUGCUGGCGAACGUUGUUCACAGACACGAGGUGCCUGUCACCUCGGAGCCGAUCACGGUGAUACACAUGGACGAGGACGUCGUCGUGGUCAACAAGCCCGCCUCCAUCCCUGUGCAUCCGUGCGGACGGUACCGGCACAACACCGUGGUAUUCAUUCUGGCGAAGGAGUACAACUUGAAGAACCUCAGGACGAUCCACAGGUUGGACAGACUGACCAGCGGCAUUCUCCUUUUCGGUAGGACGCCGAAGAAAGCGAGGCAGAUGGAGCAACAGAUAAGAAACCGGCAGGUGCACAAGCAGUACGUCUGUCGAGUGGAGGGCGAGUUCCCCGAGGAGGAGGUGGUGUGCUCGGAGCCGAUCGAGGUGGUGUCCUACAAGAUCGGCGUGUGCAAGGUGUCGGAGAAGGGGAAGGACUGCAUCACGCGCUUCAAGCGGCUCAGCUACAACGGCAAGUCCUCGGUGGUGUUGUGCAAGCCGCAGACCGGUCGCAUGCACCAGAUCCGCGUGCACCUGCAGUACCUGGGCUACCCGGUGGUGAACGACCCGCUCUACAACCACGUGGUGUUCGGGCCGCAGAAGGGGAAGGGCGGGAACAUCGAGAAGACGGACCAGGAGCUGGUCCGGGAUCUGAUCAGCAUCCACAACGCGGAGAACUGGCUGGGCAUGGACGGCGACUCGGAGAUGAGCCUGUUCAAGCCGAAGCUGGACAUGGAGGAUCGUGUGUUGAGCAACGACAAGGACGGCUCGCCGUCCUCCACUCCGGGCCUGGGCGAGGAGGAGCAGCAGCAGCAGCAGGAGCAGUCGCUGAAGGUGACGGUCGGCACGCAGACAGGGUCCGAGCCGCCGGACUCCAGCUUCGCGAACGACAAGAUGACCGUCGACCCGCACUGCUACGAGUGCAAAGUGAAGUACAGGGACCCGAAGCCAUCCGACCUGGUCAUGUAUCUGCACGCGUGGCGCUACUGCGGCCCCGGCUGGGAGUACGAGACCCCGCUGCCGGCGUGGGCCGCCAGCGACUGGGCCGAGGAGGAACGAUAGUUCCCGACGCCGCAGCCACCGCACCAUCGACGGAGAAACAGAAGAUGUCAUCGCCCUUCGUACCCCUUUUUGAUAUCCUUACCCCGUGCCUUCCAUCCGCCAGCGAGCGAUCUCGACCAUCGUACAUGUACCCAAGAGAAAAAGAAACAAUUGUAAAACCCCCUCGCGACCGGGUCGCUGGACCCGCGACGGGACACCCGGGACGUCGGUGUGCCGUCGACGAGCCUGCCAGGUGUCCACCCUGCCUCCCCCCUAAUAGUCGAGGGUUUCUUCAGGACGCUGCGACGGGCAGAUUCGGAGAGAGUUACUUUAGGAUUGCGGCUCUGGCGCGGUUGAACCCCUAGGGGACGACGUCUGGGCUAGCUGCUAGACGAGGUCUAGCGCUGAUCCUGAUUCUGAGGCCUUCGGUUUCUGUUUUGUUAGCCGAUCGUCGGGUCCUUCUAGGUUAGAGUCGUAGGCAGCUGUGAAGACGGUUGAAACUUUUCUUGGUAAUUUAAGUUGUCGAUGGAUUAUGGGGUAUGUAGGUGGGAAGGAAUGGGGGGAACCGAGGAUCAGGCGUCGUCCCUGAUGGAUCGAGAUUCGAAGAAUGACGGCUUGUACCAAUGGGACGAUCCUGGGCUGGUUGCACGAGGUGUCCGACGUUGUGCGAUUCUCGUGCGAAACAAGGACACCCUGUAUGGAAACGGAUCGAGAAGUCACUGCCAUCGGAGCACGCGAGGGAAGAUUGAUGCAACCGUCAGCCGUGGUAGCCCGGAUGGAUCCGCAUCGUUCGUUUCCUUGAUUUAUGACGGGGACCGCGGGUCCUUCGUAUUUCCAAGAUGGCAUCGAGCACGGAAUUGGGUUCUAAUCUUUGGGACAAGCUUGCUCGCCGUGUCCGUGAUCUCUUUGACACUCUUGGAUCCGCUGUUUCUAGGACCCUCGUCUCGUCCACGCGAUUCCUCGGCGGGUCAUCCUGAUAAAUGGAGUCAGAAUUGUUGUUCACCACUGCGGAGAUUGGUUAACACGUUCGCUAUUGCAUAUUUUCGAUCUAAUAAAUCUAAACAGUCGUUGAGUUCCUAAAUGUAAUGUCGUAGUUUACCAUUUCUAAUAACAAUAUAGGAUCAAUUUCGUUUUCAUUGUGUAAAACAUAGAAUUACGGCCACAAAUAUGUGACGCUAGCGAACGUGUUAAAGUCUAAUGGAUUAUCUAAUUCGUGUCAUUCAGUUUUUUUUAAUUACAGUACUUUCUCGACUUCGUUUCUAAUUAAGAACCGGAAUUGACUCUAUUGUACCAGUCGAUGGACAAUAUCCUUACGUAUUUUUGCCUACGUAUCGAGUCGGUCUGCAAGUUUCCGGCUAAUCUCGAUAAUUUUAACAAAAUCUAUAAUAAUUUAACGACACGAGGAAGGAUUAGCGUAGAGCGAGCUUGCAGGCUGACCUGGUAUCCGUCAAGGAAAAAGAAAACCCGCUGCCGCCCGCUCUUCACCGAUUCGGCCGAUCUAACGAGAACAAACUGGCGCGGGUCGAAGAUCCCGCGAGCCGCGCGUCCUCCUGUUAACCGAACUAUUUGUAUUAUCACGAACACUGCGCGGACAGGGUAUGCGAGCGUUACAAUACACAAUCGAGUACAAGGAUGUUCGCCUAUGUAAAUGAGAGACGAAGAAAAUGGGAACCGAAAGAUCAUUGUACAAUUGAAAAGACAAGCGGCGUCUGUCCCGGUUAACAGGUUCUUGCGAAAGACCUCGCGCAGCUUGUUCAACUCAUCGAAGACGAAACCAGCCGUGCAUCUUCCCGCGAUCAGAGAUAGAUUAAUAGGUAGAUAGGUAGAUGAAAGAGAGAAAGAGAGAGAAUGAGAGAGCGAGAGGAAGAGAGAGAGAGAGAGAGUGCAAGAAAGAGAAAGCGAGAGGAAGAGUGAGAAAAAGAAAGGGAAAGUGAUAGAGAGUGAGAGGAAGAGAGAAAAAAAGAGAGAGCGAUAGAGAGAGAGGAAGAGAGAAAGAGAGAGAGAAUGCAGGAUGAUUCUGAAAGACGAGGGUGAAUCGUCGCCGACUGGCAUUCAGUGAUCGUCCUCGAGAGCCGCGCAGGCGAAAGGGGGCUGACGUAGGAAACUGCAAUAGAAUCGCGUCUAUUUUUAUGGCUGAUUAUAUAUACAUAUAUUGUAUAUUAUAUAUUCAAUACAGUAUAUAUAUAUACUUAAUUACAUGAUACAAGAUACUAAAUAGUGGCACAGGUCCAGCGGCAUGGGUCUCCGAAAACGAUUGUAAAAGCGUGAUCUUGCCAGAGGGAUAGCCAACGAUCAUGCCAAAGAACGCGAGCGUCCGGCGAGAGAGAGAGAGAAGGAGGGCGAGAGAGAUUGAGAAAGAGAGAGUGAGAGUGAGAGAGAAUGAGAGAGCGAACCGUGAGGAGAGAAAGAGAGUGAAAUUAAGAGAGAAAGAGAGAGCGAGAGGAAGAGAGAAAGAGAGAGAGCUUCGUUUCAAUCAUAUCGUGUACGUGUACCUUGUUUCGACGUGUCCGUGCGAGGACUUGCGACAAGUACAAUCGAACCAUGUGAAAUAACAAGAUUAACGUCGUACAUUAUUUUGCUACGAGCCACGCGCGUCUCCUCUAGCAGGGCCGCGCACCGAAUGACAUAGAGGGUUUUAUUGUGCGACGGAUACACCGCGAAAGGCGACGGGAGUUCUCUCUAUAACUGCGCUCGAAAACAGACACGCUGCUCAAGGUCGCCGAAUCUACUCCCACCGAACAGUCGAGUCGAGCAUUGUGGUAGGGAUGGAUUGGUGGUGCUCAUUUAGAGGAUCCUCUUUAGCUAGCUGUUUCAAUUAGUCUGGUUAAAUAAGAGAACGAGAGAAGGGAACCUUUACGGUGAACACCACCGGGACAAAUCUUUUGGGACCUUGAGAAGUCGAUUAAUUUUAUCCGCCGACUUGUAAUUACUUCUGUGACAGCGAUCGGUAAUUUAAGACCAGUAAUCGUUUGCGUUAUACCUUUAUCCUAUUCCCUUUCUACAAUGGUCCUGUUUUUUUUUUCUCCUUCGAGGAAUCGUUAUUCGAUUCCCG